AUGAAGUUCACCUGGAGCAUCGCCAGCGCGGCUCUGCUGGCCACCCGCGCCCAGUGCGAGAUCCUCUGGGACGGUCGUUUCAAUGAUAUGACUUCGUCCACCGACCUGGACAAGUGGUCCUUCAGCAGCCCCGUCGGCUCCUACCAGUACUACAUCCACGGCUCCGGCAAGACGACCGAGUACGUCAACCUGUCCGAGGAUUUCAAGAACCCGGCCGAUACGGCUUCCAAGCAGGGUGCCAAGAUCUCUCUGACCAGCACCGCCUUCUGGAACGGCCAGAACAUGCGCCGCACCGAGCUGAUUCCCCAGACGUCGGCCGCCAUCAACAAGGGCAAGGUUUACUACCACUUCUCCCUGAAGCGUAGCGACACCAACGCCCCCUCCCUCAACAAGGAGCACCAGAUCGCCUUCUUUGAGAGCCACUUCGUCGAGAUGAAGUCGGGCUGGCAGAGCGGCGCCACCGGCACCGAGGACCCCCUCCUCCGCUGGGUCGUUGGCGGCAAGACCGAGUGGAGCGUCAACUGGGACGCUGACGUCUGGCACAACGUUGCGUACGAGAUUGACUUUGACGCCGGCUCUGUCGGUUUCUGGCACUCCACCGGCUCCGCGGCUCUGACCCAGGUCGUCGCCCCCGUCACCGCCUCCACCUCCAGCAACGGUGCCGACUGGCACGUCGGUGUUCUUGAGCUCCCUAGAGACGGCUACCCCGAUGAGAACGAGGACUUCUACUUCUCUGGCGUCUACAUCGAGAGCGGCGAGCUCACUACCUCCGUUGGCUCCGGCUCUGCCGACUCUGGCUCCUCCGCCCCCGUCUCCUCUGCUGCCCCCGCUGCCACCUCGGCCGCCGCCUCUUCUGCUCCCGCUGCCGCCGCCCCCACCUCCACCGCCGCCCCUACAACGACGGCCGCUCCCGCCACCAGCGCUGCCCCCACCUCUGCCGCCCCUGUCUCGUCCGCUGCCCCUGUUGUCUCCGAGGAGCCCUCCGCUCCCGCUGCCACCACCAGCUCUGCCCCUGCUGCCAGCGCCAGCGCCAAGCCCGCUUGCCGUCGCCGCCGCCGCCGCAACCACCAGAAGCGCAACUAA